AUGAACGAAUCUAAUCACCAGACUACAGGCAACCACCACCAACAAGAACAACAUCAACUACAACAUCAACAUCAACAUCAACAUCAACAUCAACAUCAACAGCAGCAGCAGCAGCUGAAACUGCCAUCAACCACUGACAAGAUGACUACAACAAAUCCAACAGCAGCAGCAGUCUCACCACCGUCAAUACACGAUCUAAUACAAGAUGAUGAUAAUGCAUCGAUGGAUAUUUUCAAAAUGUAUCAACACAAGAGUUAUCUACCCCAUAACCAAAGAAUAUCCAAUUUGGCUUGGAGAAUACAAAAUAAAAAAAUCCUUGCCAAUCAUAACAAUGCUGCAAAGAUUAACAGUACCAGUAUUAAAGAUGGUGGUGGUAAAACUACCAACAAUGGAGGUGUGUCAAAACCAAUGGUUAGAGGAGACUCCGGCUCCAAGUAUAAUAAUUCAGUAUGGGGUGCUAAUACUAGUGCGACUGCGUCAAAUAUCCUCAACAAUAUAAACAAAUCAACAGUUGCAACUACAUCAACAGUAAAAACUGAAUCCGCUAACGCCUCCACUAAUGAACCAAGUUUGGAUGAUUUUGACUAUGUGGCCCAUAUAAGAAGAAUAAGUCAAGAAGAGUCAAAACUGGACUUCAUGGAUGCAAGAGAUAGAAACAACAAAAACAAUGAUAAUAAUAGUAACAGAUUGGGCGAUGAUCGUCGCAAUUACCUAUCCACGUAUAUUAACAAUCUUGAAUCGAAUUUGAAAAACAAUACACAAUUUCAUCAACCUAGUUCUGGCACUACAACAUCUACAUCAAUAAGUCAAGGGUCACCAACCAAUAUGCAACACAGUAAGUCAGUGUCAGGUGUAUCAGCCCCAUUUACUACAAAGCCGACAACAAUAACAUCAUCAUCAUCAUCAUCCUCAACAGUCACACCAGGGCCAGCACCAACAUCAAGAGCAUCAUUUCAUCACGUUCCUGCUAGCGCAGCUGCAUCCACGACAUCACCAAACUCAACGUCUGCAAUGUCAUUUGGCGCCAGCAAUAGCCAUCGAAACAAUGGGUUACUCAACACUGGGCGUAAAAAGAUUUUGCAAUGUACCAAUUGCGAAACAAAAACAACUCCAUUAUGGAGAAAGUCAAAUAAUGGUGAUUUGUUAUGUAAUGCAUGUGGAUUAUUUUAUAAAUUGCAUGGAACACUAAGGCCAUUAAAGAAUAACAAUAAUAAUAACGGUGCCACCAGGAGUAACAGCUAUGCAGUGGGCGAUGUGAACAAGUACAAAGGCAUAAAUUAUAAUGAUGACAUUAUUGGCAAUACUAAUAUUAAUCUACUUUCAUCGGAGUAUACUAUUGGCGGAGAUGGUAACAGCAGGGGUGAAAAUGAUGGUGGCCUCGGUGGGUUUGUUGGCUCUUCUUCGGCGCCACUUCCACAACAUUUUUCCCAACAACAUCAUCACCAUCACCAUCAUCACCAUCACCAUCUUGACUCAACUGAUGAGCAACAUGAAUUGAAUAUUGAUAUUGAUCUUGAUUCACAAAUUCAAGGUAAUAACAACGAGGAGAAAGAAGAACAAGGUAAUGAAACCAACAGCCGAUCACUUACCAACCAACAAAUAGAUAAAUUAUUAAACUUGAAUUUAUUUCAAUCGGAUUUCACAUCGAAUGGGAACACUAAUGAAAUGUUGUUUCAACAACUGUCUCCAUUUCACCUGAACCAGCAACAACAUCAACAAAAUAAUCCACUGCAGCAGCAGCAUCAGCAACAUCAGCAUCACGAUGAAUUUGAUUUAUUGGAUCCCAAUGGGUUACCACCAUCUUCUUCGUCAAACGAUGCGUCAUUCGGCGGCGGUACUGCCAGCCUGAUGCAUGAUAAUGGUAGUAUGUCGUUUAUGGGAAGUUCCAAUAACAAUAACAGCAAUAACCCUCCUAGUCAAUUUAUGGGAAACACCACUCCUCAAGAAGCUGAUAAUUGGAACUGGCUACAAUUUUAA